AUGGGAAAAACUAAAACUACCAAAUUCAAGCGUCCGCAAUUCAACACGGUGGGGUUACCGGCGAAUGCAGUGAAGGGGGAAAGCGUUGAAGACUACGAUGAAGAGAGCUGUCCUGCUGCUGAGCUGUUGGAUAAUUUGCAGAGCCCCAGUGCAGAUGUGCGAGAGUUGGCAUGUGCCAGCAUUUCUCGUGUAGUACAGCAAAGCCAAACUAUUUCAGGAUUUCUGCAGCGAGAUGCAGUAAGACGCCUGGGCCCUAUGCUGCUGGACAGCAGUGUGGCUGUCAGGGAAACCGCGACAGGAGCACUGAGGAAUCUGAGUGCCUGUGGAGGCCAGGAGGUGUGCGACGAUAUGGUGAAGCAUGACAUCAUGACUCCGCUCACAGCCCUGCUUAGAGAGUGCUGUUCUGGAUUGGACAGCUGUGCCACGUCAAUGGAAAAGAAGAAUACUGGUAAUCCCGUGGAGCGUGUUGCUAAUGAAGCUGUGAACCUGCUGUGGAAUCUAUGUGAAAGCAAUACUCAGGCUCUCUCCAUUUUCAACAAAGCUGGUCUUCUGGAUGUGGUUGUUCAAUGUUUGGAGAAAUAUCCACACAAUGUAGAACUCGCUGUAUCUGCUGCUCAUUGUUUACAUAUUGUGACUGAGGAUAAUCCAGAGUUGCUGUGUAGCAUAAACAGUGCUAUACUUGGAGCCCUGGAAAAUGUGCUGCUGUCCUCUCAUGAGAGCAUGGCUCACACUCUUCUUAGAGCACUAACAGCAGGAACCUUGUGGAACGUAAAGAGUAAUUUUCCUGCUGCUCACCAGGCCCAUAUCCUCAACACUGUUGUAGCAACUUUGUCUCGGUGUUUGGAUAUCGAUGCUGGAGUAUUGAUCCCUAAACUCAGACAGGAAGAGAACUGCCACCUUACCCCACCAUUUGUGGAUGGUGUGGAGGAUGAAACUAUGAAAGACCUUUUUGUAGAUGAGAUGGGAGAGGGAGAAGUGCCAAAUCCAAAGAAAAAUGGCAAGGCUACCAAAAUGGAUAAUGAUGUCUCAGACUUGCUGCCUGAGGCUGGAAAUGAGCUGAGGGAGGCAGUGGCCUUGCUGACAGCCCAGCAAACAUCUUUGGAGAUCAUUGUAAACAUGUGUUGUUCUGAUGAUCCUUCAGAUGAUGAGUGGGAAGAGUCAUCAAGCAGUGAUGAAAGUGAACUGGGGCCAGAUGGGCUUUGUGAUGGUGUGUCAAGCCUUAUGUCUCCUUUGUGUUUAUCUGCUGAAGUACAUGAAGCCUUGAUUAAUCAUCACAUUCCCCAAAAGGUGCUCAAAAAGACAGAGUUUCCUAGACCUGAAGCUAUUGAUGUAUGCCAUCAGAAUCUUGAAUGGAAAUCCAUAAUUAAAAGAUUGGAAAGGGUACAGACACGGGCUUUGACAUGCCUUCAUAGCAUCCUCUCUACGAUGGACUUGGAGUCUUUGGGAGGAGAGGCAGCUCUACAGGAGGCAGCACAGCACCUCUCAUCUCUAGUUUUUGGACGGUCAGAACUGCCUAAUAAUGCAGAGUUUCUUGAGGCUGUAACCAGUGCACUGAGAUCUUUAUUGCAAACUAUUGCUUCCAAAAGAAUUCCUCAGUGUAUGACACCCCAGCAGCUCAUAAGUCUAAGUGAAACGGCCAGCCGCUGUGAUGUUGUCAGUGUGAGAGUCAAUGCUGUUGCCAUUUUGGGUAUAACUGGCAGUAUGUUGUCAAAAGAAAAGGGUUCAACAGAAACUAUACAGAUGAUUGGAAGUGCCUUACUACUGAUCGCCACCAAAGAUACUGAUCUCGUUGUGAAUGGAGAAGCUCUGGAUGCUCUGUUUGAUGUGUUUGCGGAUGGUGACGAGGCAGAGAUGGCUGCUAAAAACAUCCAGUUACUACCGGCACUCAAAACUCUUCAACCUGUCUUCAAGGCCAAGAUUCGAAAAGAGGGAAGAGGAGGAGGAGUCACUUUCUCCUCCAAUCUCAAAGACACACCAAGUGACGGACACCAUGGAUUUGGAGACGGCAACGAUUCUAACACAGGAAGACCUAUUGAAUACACGGGCACCCCAUGGAAAUCUCGAAACUACUCUGAAGGAAUUUUAGGGCUACAUGAAGAAAUAACCGACUUCUACAAAUACAUUUCACCACAGCCAGAAGAGGAGAAGAUGAGACUGGAGGUGGUCGACAGGAUUAAAACGGUUAUCCACAACCUUUGGCCCAGUGCUGAGGUACAAGUCUUUGGGAGCUUCAGCACUGGUCUUUAUCUGCCGACAAGUGACAUAGACCUUGUUGUUUUUGGGAAGUGGGAGACCCUUCCUCUUUGGACGCUAGAAGAAGCACUUCGUAAGAUGAAUGUUGCUGAUGAGAACUCUAUUAAAGUCUUGGACAAAGCCACUGUACCUAUUAUCAAAUUGACGGACUCUUUCACUGAGGUUAAGGUGGACAUUAGCUUCAAUGUAAAAAGUGGAGUGAAAGCUGCUUGUCUCAUAAAGGAGUAUAAAGAGAAAUACCCUGUCCUGCCAUAUUUGGUCCUGGUGCUGAAGCAGUUUUUGCUACAGAGAGACCUCAAUGAAGUUUUUACUGGAGGGAUUGGGUCCUACAGUCUAUUUCUAAUGGCUGUUAGCUUUCUACAGCUUCAUUACAGGGAUGAUGUAUGUAGUCCCAAUAUCAACAUUGGUGUUUUGCUUAUCGAGUUCUUUGAGCUCUACGGUCGCAAUUUCAACUACCUGAAAACUGGCAUCCGGAUCGCAGAUGGAGGCUGCUAUGUAGCCAAAGACGAGGUGCAGAAGAACAUGAUGGAUGGAUACAGGCCGUCCAUGCUCUACAUUGAAGACCCUCUGCAGCCAGACAACGAUGUUGGGCGAAGCUCAUAUGGUGCUAUGCAGGUGAAGCAGGCAUUUGACUAUGCAUACGUGGUUCUCAACCAUGCAGUGUCACCCAUUGCCAAGUGCUAUCCAAACAAUGAGACUGAGAGUAUUCUCGGACGAAUUAUCCGGGUUACUCAGGAGGUCAAUGAGUACCGGGAAUGGAUUCAAAGUAAUUGGGGAAUCCAAUGUAACAGUAACAAUAAUGUUUCAUUAUCCCAGAAACUCGAUGAAUGCAACAACAAUGUUCCAGAUGAAGAGGAGGGUAAUGUUCCUCUUUGUAAACAGUCUUCCAACUCCUCUUCUCAGUCUCCAUCACUGCACUCCUCCCCCUCGUCCUCACCACUGACCCCCACAUCUUCAUCCAGCUCCAGUGAUGCUGACUCUGAUGGCACGCCAUGUAAGACUGCCAAGCAGCAGCCUUGUCGCAGAGAAAAGUCCGUCCCUGUAGCUAAUCAUCGGAAGAGUCAUAAUCCAACCACUUCAAACAACAAAAGUGGAAAGGCAAAAGCGUCUCGUCUCCAUCUUAAGAGUGGCCACCAAAGUCAGCAAGGCUCUACUCCCAGCACUAAAGCUAAUGAGAGCAGCCGGUCACAGCAGCAAGGCAACAGCAAAAAAAGGAAAAGUGUGAGAGACUCCACACAAGACCUGUGCAGAUAG